AUGUCUGUCUCCCACGCCAACCGACGCAUCCCGUCAUAUCAACCGUACCAGUGUCAUGUCUGCCAAAGUCGCUUCACCCGACAUGAGAAUCUCAAGCGACAUGCCAAGCUCCAUUCCCGUUCCCCGGAGGAGGCCUCGCUGCCCUGUGACUUUUGUCAGACAACUUUCUCACGACCCGAUCUGCGACAUCGACAUAUGAAGAGAAAGCAUCCGGAGUAUGAGCAGAGGCGGGCAAUGAAAAGGUCCCUGCGUGAGCCGAUCAUCUCUAGACCAGGCAGUGACGCGCGGAGACCGGAACGACAUGAUGUCUACCUGUCUUCUGAAUCGUCACCAGACAGCCAAGAUGGCUUUCACCCGCAGAAUUCGGGCGAUGAGUGUGAGCUAGAGGUGGAUGGUGGAAUUUGGAAUGCGCCGUUGCCGCAGACGCAGCAUCCACUCUUCCAUGACCACGACGCAGGAAGCUCAACUAGCGGACCAGCCACAGCUGAAGUACAUAGGGAACAAGUUGUAACAGGUCCCUCCGUCCAAGAGCCCUCAAUAAACGAGUCAGAUUGUAUGGGCCGUAUGGUGCAAGAUGCGAUAGAACUAGAACGGAACCUGCUCCUGGGAACGUCGUUUCUGAAGCCGACCUACGAACUUGACGACCAGUUGCAAUCUGCCAUUAUACCACAGCCUUCUUCAUUUGACACAAAUACCCCCGGCGCCAGUUUAGCCAAGGCAGUCCUGAUACAUUUCCAUCGAACUACCAGUUCGAUUGGUCCCCAUCACAUUCACAAAUUACACGCGGCUGUGACCUCUUCUUCAAACAUAUUUCGCACUUUCUCCCAUUUCUGCACCAACCAACAUUCGACGCCACACAUAUCCCUCUACACCUACUCCUCAGUAUUCUUUCCCUCGGCUAUCAGCACGGCGAAGACCCAAAGUCUGGCGAUCAAGCCGGCUCAGGCGCAAACCUAUCCAACCGAUACCCCAAAGCAGAAUACCACCCUCAUCCAAUCAUAUCUGCUCCUCCAAAUAUGCGCCAUGAUGUACCUCUGCGGCGACUCAUCAUCAUCCGGCCUCAAGAUGCACUCCAACAUGAUAUCCCUCGCACGAGAAGGAGGUCUCAUGCAGCCCAUGCCCACCGCAACCUCCACGACCGAAGAUCUAGAGGCGCUCUGGCAUGAAUUCAUCAAAGCCGAGUCGCACAAGCGAACCUCCUUCGCCGUGCACCAGAUCGACGCACUAUGGUACCAAUUCCUCUCCAUCCCGCGCUCCAUCUCGCAUCUCGAAGUCAAACACGACCUCCCCUGCCCCGAAGCACAAUGGACCGCACCCUCCGCCGCCGAAUGGGCGCACCGCCAUCUCGUCGCCAGAAACCCCGGACCCGCAGUCCCGUACCCGGACGCAGUGCGCCGGUUCCUGUCCUCCGACGCGCUUCCUCAUCUCCAGCGCGCGCGAGUCUCUGGCUGGUCCACCAUGACCGGCAUGCUGAGCAUGGACCGCCUCGACGCCCUGCGCUCGUCGCUCCUCUCCCUGGGCCCGUUUAUCCGGCCGCAACCCGAGACCGCCAAGGCAAUGCACGCCAUCGCAACAUGGGAGACCGCCAUGAUCGAGCUGCAUCUGUGGUCGCCGGCGCACACGGGCGGCAUUGUGGCGGCCAGUCUGGAUGCCGUGGUGAGCCAGUCGACGUCUCUCGCGCCGUCGUAUGAGUUCCUGUGGGAGGCCGACACGGCGAAAGCCAUCCAGCCGCACGUGGACUGGUUCCUGCGCUAUCUGGAUACCACGCGCGAGCCGGACAGCGAGGCCCCGUGGGUGGCCGUGUAUGCGUACAAGGCGUUUUUGAUUGCCUGGCAGCUUGUGCGCGGCGGCAUCCCGAAUGCGAUGCGCGUUGUUGGCAUCGCGGAUGGGGAUGUGGAGGGGGCGUUGGGGUGGGUGAGGGAAGUCUUUCGCCGGAGAGAGAGGUGGAUGCUGGGUAGGCUUGUGUUGUCUUGUUUGGAUGGGUUGGGGAGUUGA